AUGUCUUCCAUACGUCUCGGCACAGCGUCGCCCGCCACGCAGGCCACCACAGCCGAGACCCUCCAGCUGAUCGAUCGACUCGCCACACGCGCGGCCUCCAACCACAUUGACAUCCUCCUCCUCCCCGAGGCGUUCCUAGGCGGCUACCCCCGCGGCAGUGACUUUGGCUCCGUUGUCGGCUCACGCUCCGCCCAGGGCAGAGAGGCCUACGCCAAAUACUUUCAGGCUGCCGUCGAUUUGGGUGAUGUCGUGGGUGACGGCGGUGCGGGCGCGGGCGAUCGCUGGGUGAAGCGGCAGCUGGCAGUUCCAGAGGGCGAAGAGUACCGCGGCGACGGGACCAGGGAGGAACUCGAGAGGAUCGCGCGUGAGACGGGCGUCUUCCACGUGACUGGACUCGUGGAGAGGACCGGUGGGAGCCUGUACUGCGCCGUCGUCUACGUGUGUCCGCACAAGGGUUCCGUUGGUAAGCGCAGAAAGGUGCUGCCGACCGGCACGGAGCGCCUCAUCUGGGCGCAGGCCUCGCCCUCCACGCUGCGCGCUGUGAGUACCGUCAUCCGCGGCACGCGGAUCAACCUCGCCGCCGCCAUCUGCUGGGAGUCGUACAUGCCGCUGCUCCGCCAGUCGCUAUACAAUCAGAACGUCAACUUGUAUCUGGCUCCCACGGCCGACGCGAGAGAUGCGUGGCUGAGCUUGAUGCGGUCCAUCGGCGUGGAAGGGCGUUGCUUCGUCGUGAGCAGCAACAUGGCCGUACGCGCCGGACAGGACGCUCACGUCUCGACGAAUGGACAUCCCGCGGCUACUGCGCGUGACGGGGGGCGGAGGUUUAGUUGCUCUGCCGAUGAACCCGGCAUGGACAUUGCACUGCCCAAGAGUGGUUCGCCCAGCCGCACGCGGCGGCGCAGAAAGUCCAUCUUUGACCCGGACGGGAACGAGAUUGUGCUCAGCUGCCCUGUCGAUGAGAAUGGCGUUGCGACGACGAUGAUGACGACCGCCGCGCCCACCAAGGUCGAUGACACGGCUGUCACGGACAAGUCGGCGUGGUCCUGCCGCGGGGGCUCGUGCAUCGUCGACCCGUUUGGUGAGGUCCUUGCUGGACCCCAGUGGGAGGAUGAUGAGGGUAUGAUCUCCGCCGAUGUCGAUUUUCAGAAAUGUAUCCAAGGCCGCCUCGAUCUCGACGCGGGUGGGAGCUACUCGCGGAACGACGUCUUCAAGCUUACCGUGGCAGGGCUUGACAUGGAACCGCUCCCGUACUGA